AUGGUGGAGUCUGCCCAGAAGAAAGCUUCUGUUGAAAACAUGGCCAUCAUUAGGGCCAUUGGGAGAAGGGUAAUGACCCAAACUCCUGUUGAUGAAAAAAAGGCCCCUGUUGUUGAAAAAACAGUUGCUGCCUACGAACCAAUAGUUCUGUUCAGAGCACAAAAUCGGUCAAACCAAAUCUCAGUCAACUCUCAGGAGCCAAAGGAACAUUCGUUGGCUCGACAAGGUUUGAAUAAGGAACACCCGUUGGCCCAACAGAAUAAGGAACACUCGUUGGCUCGACAGGGUUCGAAUGAGAAACACCCGUUGGCCCGACAGAAUAAGGAACACCCGUUGGCCCGACAAGGUUCGGAUAAGGAACACCUGUUGGCCCAACAGGAUUUGAAUCAACAUCAAUUGACCAGCUCUAAAAAUGUAGGGACUAUUUUGAAAGUUCACGAGGAAUUUACAAAGGCACAAACGGUUCCUUCUAUGCCCUUAGGGGCUCGACUUGAUAUGUCAUCCGGUCCAGUUUCAGAAAGACAAAGGCGAAGAAGAAAUAAGGCCUUAAAGAAACUGGAACUAAGAAUAGUGGCAACAAAUGUUGUAGGAGCUAUUGAAAGGGCUCUCUCGAAAGAUGAACCCCAAAAACAAAUUGAAAGUCCUGUCUUUGUCGGAAAAUCCAAGGUGGAGGAGGGUAAGCAACCCUUGGGAAAUAUUUCUACUUUGGUUGAACUAUCUAUGGAGGGAAUAAGAAAAGGGCCUGUAACAAGGUCCAUAACCCGUCAGGCUCAAAACAAAGCAUCACAGUCAGAUGCUUCAAAUGUGAGUAAUGUUGUGGGGGUUUAUGAUCCUUUAUACGAACAAGAUGAUUCUAUCUCGUUUGUUUCAACAGAUAUUGGAAACAAUGAAUUGAAAGAUAUCAACAAAGUCGCAGUUAUGAUGACUGAGGUUGAGAAAGAAGGAUUUAAUCAGAAUGAGCAACGCCCAAUGGGGAAAAUUGAAUUACAAACCAAGUUUGGGGAUAUUGAAGAAAGCACUGAGUUCUUGGUCAUUGAUGUAGACACCUCUUACAAUGCUUUGCUUGGGAGACCAUGGAUGCAUAAUCAUCAUGCAGUGCCAUCAACUUAUCACCAAUGUAUUAAGUACCCAUUGCCUUCACCUAAAAAAGAGGGGACAAUUGUGGCUGACAAUGAUCCAUUUGGAGAAGUAGAGGCCUACUAUGCUGAUGCUCGCUUCUAUACAAAGACUUCACAAAGAAAGGGAAAAGAUGUGAAGAAAUCUGAAGAUACUCCGAAUGUCAAAGACGCUCUAGAGUCUAUUCCAGUUUCAACAAAAAGGACUUUUCGAUAUGUGCCAAAGUCCGAAAGGAAACUGGGGGCAAAGGCUCUAGCCCCAAUAAAUCCAAUUUUGGAUCUCAAGGGUGAGUUCACGUUGCCAUUAAGGAAGACAGAAUGCACCUAUGUAGAGAAAUAUAAUAAGAUUAUGGUCCCUUCUAAAGGAAAAGGGUCGAAACCCAUCAUAUUCCACUCGCUUGGAGAUGUUGAACAAAAAGUGAAAGUUGAACAAAUGCCAGAAGAAAACAUCUCGAGUUUUGAGAAGCCUACCUUCAGUGCAGAAAUCACACAGAUGUUGGUAAAAGUUGGUUUAGAUCCUGAAAAAAUACCAGGAACAAUGACACCCUUUGACUUUGCAUUAACACCUUCACAGAGGCAGGCUAUCCAGCAAGGCGGUAUUAUCACCGCUAGGACAGAGGGGUUAGGCUAUCAGGGGAAUGAGGAAAAAUUUCCAGUAAACAUGACUAUCACUCAAGAUGUGUUGGAAGAUGUUGACCAAGAUGAAGCUCAACCUGCACCAACAGAAUUUGAAGCAGGAGGCCAAGCCACCGUGGAUGACCUUUGUGAAAGGAAGAAGAAGCUCGGCAAUAUAUUUCCUUUUAUAUUUGCAUGGAACUACAGUGAGAUGCCUGGUCUUAAUCCAGAGAUUGCAGUCCAUAUGCUUGCAAUUCACCCUGAGAAACGACUAGUUAAACAGCCUCAAAAGCGAACUCGACCAGAGCUUACAGCCCAAAUUGAAGCCGAAGUUGACAAGCUUAUCAAUGCAGGAUUCAUCAGAGAAGUCAAAUAUCCAACCUGGCUAGCAAACAUAGUGCCAGUCAAGAAAAAGAAUGGUCAAAUCAGGGUUUGCAUUGAUUUCCGUGAUCUCAAUGAGGCUUGUCCUAAAGAUGACUUUCCUUUGCCCAUCACUGAACUUCUUGUAGAUGCAACUACUGGGUAUGAAACCUUGUCUUUUAUGGAUGGAUACUCAGGAUACAAUCAAAUCCGAAUGGCACCUGAAGAUGAAGAAAUGACUGCAUUCAGGACUCCGAGAGGAGUCUUUUGCUAUAAGGUAAUGCCUUUUGGCCUGAAAAAUGCUGGGGCCACGUAUCAAAGGGCGAUGACUAUAAUUUUUGGUGAUAUGCUCCAUGACACCAUCGAAUGCUAUGUUGAUGAUCUUGUCGUCAAGACAAAGGAAAAGGAAAACCAUGUGGAAGAUUUGAGAAAAAUCUUCGAACGUUUGAGGAGGUACAAACUCAAGAUGAACCCACUAAAAUGUGCAUUUGGAGUUUCAUCAGGAAAAUUUCUUGGGUUUGUGGUUCGAAACAAAGGGAUUGAAAUUGACCCUACCAAGAUUAAAGGUAUUGGCGAAAUGCCUCCUCCACGAAAUUUAAGGGAAUUGAAGGGGCUUCAAGGGAGAUUGGCCUAUAUCAGAAGAUUUAUUUCUAACUUGGCUGGUCGAUGUUUGCCGUUCUCAAGAUUGAUGAAAAAGGGUGUUCCAUUUGAAUGGGAUCAGCAAUGCCAAAAUGCUUUUAAUAGUAUUAAGGAGUAUCUUUUGAAGCCUCCAGUACUUAUGAGCCCAAUAAAAGGAAAACCACUUUUGUUGUACAUAACAGCCUUGGAUGGUUCAUUAGGGGCAUUGUUGGCACAACAUAAUGAGCAUGGGAAAGAAAAUGCCUUGUAUUACUUGAGUCGUACUUUGGUUGGGGCAGAGGUCAAUUACUCCCCUACCGAAAAGACAUGUCUUGCCUUGGUGUUCGCCUUGCAAAAACUAAAGCACUAUGUCUCGGAACACGAAGUCAAGUUGAUAUCAAGAGCAGAUCCCUUGAAAUAUAUACUUUCACGGCCCAUACUUUCAGGGAAAAUUGCAAAGUGGGCUGUAAUUCUCCAACAAUUCACAAUUGAAUAUGUUCCCCAAAAAGUUGUAAAGGGGCAGGCUCUAGCAGAUUUUUUGGCAGCACAUCCUAUACCUGAUGACUCACCUCUAGUAACUGAUUUACCAGAUGAAGAGGUUAUGCAAGUAGAAAUUCAGAAAGGAUGGGAGAUGUAUUUUGAUGGAGCUUCAAGGAGUCCAGAUGGCAAAAAGCAAGAAAAUCCUAAAAACAAUAAAGCUGGAAUUGGAAUUGUGUUUGUGACUCCAGACAAUGCUAUAAUCACCCAUUCUUUCGCCUUAAGUGAAGGAUGCUCCAAUAAUGAGGCAGAAUAUGAAGCUGUAAUUGCUGGAUUAGAAUUGGCAUUACAAAUUCCUAUUGAAGAACUCUCAAUUUAUGGAGAUUCGGAACUGGUGGUAAAGCAACUCCGUGGAGAAUACAUGUUAAGAAAACAAGUCUCAUCCCGUAUCAUGAAAGGGCUGAUCAAUUGCUUUCGCAAUUCAGAAAAACACAUAUUUUCCAUGUGAAGAGAAGAACAAAUGCUCGAGCUGAUUCACUUGCAAGUUUGGCUGCAUCACUCACCCUACCAGAUAGCAAAACAAUUACUAUCACGGUAGGUGAAAGAAGGGUGUUACAACCUUUAAAAGAGGUUUCCGACUUGGUUCCAAUCUUGGUUGUCACCACGAAAGGAGA